AUGACUGCGAAUGGCACUACCUCCACAUCUAGACCCAGCUCCGGCUCCGGCUCAGCGCCCUUCGCCCUCCUGACAGCCUUCUCGGGUACACCCUUCAGCGGGAACCCAGCCGCUGUGGUCUUCCUCGAUCCCGCUAAUACACCAAGGAAGGCCUUGGAGGGGUUGGCGGGGAAUUUUAAUGCGCCGAUGAUUGCGUUUGUUGGGGCUGUCGACGAUGGGUCUAUUGUUAAUUUGGGAGGGGAGGGCGGUGUAGGGGAAGAUACGAAGAAGGAAGAUGUGGGAGGGGAGGAGGGUGGUAGGAAGACGGAGGGGAGGAGGGUGGUGAUCAAGACUUCCAUCCGGUACCUCACCUAUUCGGGCGUCGAGAUCCCGCUGUGUGGGCAUGCGAGUGUUGCUGCUGCUGGGGCUAUCCUUCGACUUCCGUUCGUCCAGGAUCUAGUUAAGAAUGACGGCGGGGGUGUGAAGGUGGAGAGGGUAGAGUUUGAGACGUGGGCGGAGGGGAGGAAGGUGCCUGUUCGAGUUUAUGAGGAGGACAACAAAACCCUAUACGAACUCGGCCUCCCCUCCGUCCCACCCGUGCCCCUCCCAAAAGACGAAGAAGAUAGGAUUAGGGCGUUCGUUGCGAGGGCGUUCGGGGAGAGGAUUAGAGAUAUGGAUCGGGAUGUUGUGAGUGUGAGGAGGGGUGUUGGGGGUAUGGAACACGCGAUCCUCGUCGAACUGGACCCCUCGGUCGGACUGGGAGAUGCGGAUGUGGAUGUGAACGUUUUCACGGAUUGCGGGUACACGCAGAACGUCAUCACCUCCCUUCCUUCUCCCUCCCGCUCCUCCUGCUCCGGUGCCAACAACAACAACGACAACGACGACGUGCAGGCUAACAAUAGCGUGCAACUUGAAGAAGGAAAGCAGCAAUUCGACUACGUGUACCGGAUGUUCAGCCCGCACGUCCCAGGAGGCGAAGACGCGGUGUGUGGGAGUGCGCAGUGUCUUUUGGCGCCGUAUUGGUACGCCAAGCUUGCUCAGCUGGGGUGUCAGAAGGUCGUUCCAGGCAAUCAGGUGACGAGUUACUCGGCGAGUCCUAGAGGGGGUGUGGUGAAAGUCGUUUGGGAGUCCGAUAGGGAUAUCCCCCGGGAUGGAGGAGGUGGUGGGGAGGAGAAGGAGAGGGUGCUUUUGAGGGGGGAGGUGGCGCUGUUGGCGAGUGGGGAGUGUUUCUUUUGA